AUGGGCACCUCCCGGGAGAAAUUAUCCGUCAAAACUGGCGUCCAGGAUGGAACUACUGCUCAAGGCGAUCCUGGAGCCCUGCCGAGCUACUUCAGAGUAUUUCGAUAUGGCGACAACACCGAUUUCUCCAUGCAGCUCGUUGCAACAACCUGCGCACUUGCAUCUGGCGUUGGCAUGGCCAUGGUGAAUCUUGUGUUUGGUCAGUUUAUCACUGUGAUCACCGAUUUCACCACAGGCACAUCUUCGCCAGGAGAAUUUCGCAGCGAAGCAGCACGACUUGCGCUCUAUUUCUUCCUGAUUGGUAUCGGCCGAUUUGUGGUUUCCUAUGGUUACAGCACCCUGUUCACCCUCGCCGCAUACCGGAUCACUCGCAAUAUUCGCCAUGCAUACCUGAAAGCAGGACUCACUCAAGAGAUAGCUUACUUUGACUCGGGCAUUGGCGGCUCCGUCGCAGUGCAAGCUACCUCUCAUGGUAAACUGGUUCAAGCUGGAAUUUCAGAGAAGCUUGGACUCGUCAUCCAGGGCCUAUCUGCCUUCAUCUCAGCUUUUGUUCUAGCAUUCGUCACUAACUGGAAGCUAACCCUCAUCACCGGCUGCAUUGCACCAGCUACCAUCUUUGUGAUGAGCGUAGCAUCCUAUCUAGAAGCCGCGAUUGAGAUCCAGAUCCUCGGUUGGAACUCGCAGGCUGGAUCGUUUGCGGAGAGCAUUCUUGCUAGCGCUCGUACAGUCCAGGCAUUUGCGCUUCGAUCUAGGCUGAUCACAGACUUCAACACAUACCUCGAAAAAUCGGCCCGGCUUGGAAGAAGGAAGAAUCCUAUUUUGGGAUGCCUAUUUUCGGCGGAAUAUUUUAUUCUCUUUUCUGGUAUCGGACUGUGCUUUUGGCAAGCUAUUGGCAUGCUGGCGAGAGGCGAGACUAAAGCACCAGGAGAUGUUUUCAUUGUCCUAAUGUCAGUCAUCGUCGCAGCUUCGAGCCUAACCGCCAUUACUCCAUACCUCAUCGACUUCACCCGAGCAGCUACUGCAGCGGUAGAACUUUUCAGACUCAUCGAUCGGAAGUCGAUGAUAGAUCCGUUAGACCAGUCUGGUGAUCAACCCCAAAAUGUCACAGGUAACAUCGAUUUUGAGAACGUCUCUUUCAGUUACCCCAUGCGUCCGGACACCCGGGUCCUCGACAACUACUCCCUUCACAUCCCGGCCGGAAAAACGACAGCCUUGGUUGGUGCCAGUGGCUCUGGUAAAAGCACAAUUGUUGGUUUGCUGGAACGAUGGUAUAAUCCAGCAUCAGGAGCAAUUACCCUGGACGGAAGGCCAAUCGAACAGCUCAACCUCCAGUGGCUGCGGAAGCAGAUCCGACUUGUACAGCAGGAACCGAUCCUUUUCAGCGGUACCGUAUACGACAACAUUGUGAACGGACUCGUUGGGACACCGUGGGAGAACGAGCCUCAUGAAGCCAAGCUGGCUCGCGUUCAUCAAGCGGCAGAGAUUGCCUUCGCACACGACUUUAUCAAGACUCUCCCAAACGGCUACGACACGGUCAUCGGUGAACGUGGAGGGCUUUUGUCUGGCGGUCAAAAGCAACGCGUCGCUAUUGCUCGCAGCAUUAUUUCCCAGCCCCGGAUUCUUCUUCUCGAUGAAGCUACUAGCGCGCUUGAUCCCCAUGCAGAACAGGUGGUGCAGCAAGCUCUUGACAACGUCUCAAGAGGGCGAACGACCAUCACAAUCGCACACAAGCUGGCUACCAUUCGAGAUGCUGACAACAUCGUCGUCAUGAAACAGGGUCAGAUCAUCGAACAGGGCACCCACGAUGCACUACUAGCAAUGAACGGCGCGUACUCUCGACUUGUCAUGGCGCAGGAUUUAGCAAUCACAGAGGAACCUUCCGACAGCGCUUCCAAUUCUGACACCAUUGCCGAAGACGAAGACAAUUCUGUCCGCCUCAGUCAUGCUUUGACAAGGUACUCCACUGCAACGCGACUCCGGGCGGAGCAAAGGAUGGACAAGGACAACUUCGACAACUGGAAACGUGUUGGCUUUUGUGCCACUGUCUGGCGGCUUUUGAGAUGUACUCCUGAGCUCCGAUGGUAUUACACUGCGUUGACUGCAGCAAGCCUCUUUUAG